CGGGCUGCUCUGUAAAAACAUCGAACCAACCCUCUGGUUCCUCCUGCGUGACGCACGGAGCCAGCCAGUCCGCUCGGUUUAGCUCAGCUCGGCUCGGAACCGUCCAGAGCAACAUGCAGGAUGGCGAGUGUGGAGACAGCCGCCGAACACGAGCGUAUCCUGCGGGAGAUCGAGAGCACAGACACCAACUGUAUUGGGCCGACCCUCCGGUCGGUGUACGAUGGUCAGGAACAUGGCCUCUUCAUGGAGAAGCUUGACGUGCGGAUCAGGAACCACGACAGAGAGAUCGAGAAGCUGUGUAACCAUCACUUCCAGGGGUUCGUCGACUCCAUCACAGAGCUGCUCAAAGUACGAGGAGAGGCGCAGAAACUGAAGAGUCAGGUGACUGAGACCAACAGGCGUCUUCAGGAUGAUGGCAAAGAGCUCAUCGGCUCUAUGGAGGAGCUGCAAAAGUGUCGAAUGCAACAGAGAAACAUCGCUACCACCAUAGACAAACUGACGCACUGCCUGCCAGUCUUGGAGAUGUACAGCAGACUUCAAGAGCAGAUGAGGGCCAAAAGGUACUACCCGGCGCUGCGGACGUUGGAGCAGCUGGAACAUACGUGUCUUCCCAGUGCGGGUCAGUACCGGUUCUGCUCCAUUAUGGCAGAAAACAUCCCCAAACUGAGGACACAGAUCCGGGACACGGCCAUGACACAGCUGAGAGACUUCCUGGAGAGCAUCCGGAAACACUCUGACAAGAUAGGAGAGACCGCCAUCAAACAGGCCCAGCUACAGCGCUCGUUGGACAGCUCCGUCUACACACAGCCAAGGACCCUGAUUGGCCGAUGCAGCAGAAAGGAGGCGGCGGCAGUGGGGACGGACAGCGACAGACAGGGUGGCAGUCCAUUGUCUGAACAGGACUCUGGCAUUCUGGAUGUGGAGGAUGAACAGGAGGAUGAUGAAGUCCCAGGAGCUCAUGACUUGGUGGAUUUCUCUCCAGUUUACCGCUGUCUGCAUAUCUACACUGUGCUGGGUUUGCGUGAUGUGUUUGAGAACUACUACAGAAAGCAGAGGAGGAAACAGGCUCGCCUUGUGCUGCAGCCCCACUCUAACAUGCAUGAAACUCUGGAGGGAUACAGACGGUACUUCAAUCAGAUUGUCGGCUUCUUUGUUGUGGAAGAUCACAUCCUUCACACCACACAGGGUUUGGUCAACAGAGCGUAUGUGGAGGAGCUUUGGGAGCUGGCGCUGUCCAAAAUCAUCGCCGCCCUGAGGACGCACUCUUCGUACUGUAACAACCCUGACCUGGUGCUGGAUCUGAAGAACCUCAUUGUCCUUUUUGCUGAUACACUGCAGGGUUAUGGUUUCCCAGUGUCACAGCUGUUUGACAUGCUGCUGGAGAUGAGGGAGCAGUACGGAGAAAUCCUGCUCAAGAGAUGGAACAUCACCUUCAGGCAGGUGUUGGACCAGGACAACUACAGUCCAAUCCCAGUCUCAACAGAGCAGGAAUACAGACUCUAUACUUCACAGUUUCCCCUUCAAGAUGCCGAACUAGAAAAGCUUCCCUUCCCCAAGAAGCUUCCCUUCUCCGAGUUUGUGCCAAAAGUCUACUGCCAGCUCAAAGAGUUCAUCUAUGCUUGUCUGAAAUACUCUGAAGACCUGCAUCUCAGUUCCACAGAGGUAGACGAUAUGAUCCGCAAAUCCACAAAUCUGUUGUUGACCAGAACCCUCAGUCACUGUCUGCAGUAUGCCAUUAAGAAGAAGAAUGUCGGGCUGGCAGAGUUGGUGCAGGUGAUCAUAAACACCACCCACCUGGAGCAGAGCUGCCACUUUCUGGAGGAGUUCAUAUCAAACAUCACAAAUGUUCCGCCUGACACAGCAAACGCUGCCAAGCUGUACGGGACCUCCACCUUUAAGGACGCUCGUCAUGCGGCCGAGGCAGAGAUCUAUACCAGCCUCAACGCCAAGAUCGACCAAUUCCUGCAGCUGGCUGAUUACGAUUGGAUGGCCGCGGUGCAGGGAGGCGGGACUCUGGAAGCCAGCGACUACCUGAUUGACCUGAUCGCUUUUCUAAAGAGCACCUUCAGUGUCUUCACCAACCUGCCUGGAACACCCGUAGAACAUGCUACCUUACCGGGUAAAGUGGCCCAGACGGCCUGCAUGUCGGCCUGUAAACACAUCUCCACCUCCCUGAUGCAGCUCCUGCUCGACCCGGAGGUCAGACAGAUCUCCGAGGGAGCUCUGCAACAGAUCUACACCGACGUCAAGGAGUGCGAGAGUUUUGCCAGAGCCGGCCCGGUCGCAGGCUUCCAGGGUGACACGUUGCUUCUGGCCUUCAGUGACUUGAGACAAUUACUGGAGCUGUUCACACAGUGGGAUUGGUCGACCUACCUGAGUGACUACGGCAAACCUACCUGCAAAUACCUGAGAGUCAACCCACACACUGCACUCGUCCUGCUGGAGAAGAUGAGGGAGUCGGGCAGGAAGAACAACGUCUUCGCCCAGUUCAGGAAGACGGACAGAGACAGACAGAAACUCAUCGACACCAUCAUCAAACAGCUACGCAACCUCAUCGCACAGCACCACACCUAGAGCGAGCCAUCUCAUUGGCCAGCAGGGCUAAAGUCACCAUCCAAUUGGCAGAUUUUAACCAUCCAGCCUGAUGAAAACACACCAUUGAUCUGUUCAAUCCCUACAACCAUUGGCCGAUCUAUGCACCUUAGCUUCACGGACUUCACAGAACUUCUAACAACCAGUUCUUAUUGGUCAUCUUUAACACCCAAAACAACCAGUCUAAACCUGCAACAAGCUCAUUGGAUAACAAGCUCACACUGUUCAAUUUCAUUGGUUAAUUUAAGCCACUGUUUCCAGAAUAACAAACAUAAUUUUUAAGCUUGGAGUGUCUUUAACUGCUGGGGCCACAACAAGUAUUUUGACAGCUCGCGUUUCACUUUAUCUUCACUUCAUCUAUCUGCUAUCUGACUGAAAACAAGUAUAUGAGAAACUUUCCUAAAUUUUGUUGAACAUUAAAAUGUACCUUGUUAGUACCUUCAAAUUCACACCCUGGAUCUAAACUGAGUAGUCUUAUUAGCUGAAGGAAAGAAGCUCUCUAUGAUCUUAUUUCCUUUUCCUCCAAAAUAAUUUCCAUCUAACAAACCUGAAGACAGGAAAUAUUUCCUUCCUACCAGUUGACAUUAAAGGAUAACUCUGGCGAUAUUCUCUUUUUUCAUUAUCAACAAAUCUCAUGAAAAAAACAAAACCAACAAUUAAUUCAUCCUACUAAAUAUUGUCUGCAAAGCGUAGAGCUCCAUCAUUGCCCAAAAACCAUUAAAAACACACCUUUGCACUGGCUGACAUGUUCCUUCAUUACCAUGAACACACACACUGUAGUUUAUUUUGACUCAAUCCCACAUACACCACACAUACAUGCCCCAAAUACUCACUAAUUACAAGUGGAUUAACAAGUAACGUUUGAUAAAAACUACAGUGCCCAGCUGUUGUAAGAAAUUACUGAGCCUUUUUAAAAAAAAAAAAUUAAUCUAAAAUGUGUAACCUGUCCUCAGUAGGAACCAAUGGGCUUGGAGCUGAGAGCCACAGAAAGUGUAGGGAAGUCAAAACGUAUUGCGAGAGACUAGCACAUUGUUAGUUUUGGUCUUUUUCGUGGGAUUUCUGGACAAAAAGAAAAAUUAUAGAAUAUCACCAACCUCAUCCUUGAUCUUGUUUUUAAAGACAACUUAGUUCUGGAAGAUUUCUGACCUGAGAGAGCAAGAAAGUAAAUAAUAGUAUAAAAAUAGCAUAAAAACAUUGAGAUAGCACGUGUCGAUGAAAAUAUGUGGUUAUCACGGAGCAAAACAAGCAAGAACAGUGAGGAAAAGUAGUUAAAACCACAUAAAUAAACAUACAAAUUCAGUGUACUCAAGUAAAGUGACUCUAAAGAAACUCUGUUGCUCUACUUGUUGCUUCGGUUACUGGAUGCUAUCGGGGCUUGUUAUUGUAUUUGUAGGUCUACAGGAUGGGAACAUGGUAGUUUUGGCUGUGAGUAACAGUAGAUUCCUUUGGGAAUUGUAUUCAAGAAUCGAUGUGGGGGUUUUCGUAAGAACUCGCAUUUUCAGAGAUUUUAUUUUUUGUACCACAAGCCUCCUCACUUCCCUUCCUGAAAUCUAACUGGCUGUUUAGGCAUUCUGUCCUCAUCCCCUCUAUAUUUGUUCUCCUCUGUCGCAGACUACCUUUAACCCCUUCCACAUUGCUCUCCGUCACUGUGGCACAAUGACAGAACGUAUUGAAUGUACAUCAGAGAGGGUCGUCUUCCGUGGCAGAACGUCAUUUUUAGGGUGUGGCGUUUUAAAAUUGCAGCCAGAAAAGCACUGAAAUCAAGAUCAGGUCUGGGGGGGAAAAAAACGUAGAUAUUGGUGGCAAAUUAACAGAAUGUUACACCAGUAUCACCUAUUGUCUAAGAAAGAGGGUUGCCAUGUUGCGUGAAUACGCAGCCCUUUUCCUCUCUUAAUAUACAACCUGCGACACUUGAAUGGGCGACACUGCUCCGAACUGGCAACUUUAUUCCCUCUUAGUAAUGCCUGAAAGCACAGUGAGUGUUUGGGAUUUAAAAGGGGGAUGUUGUCCAAACCUGGCAACCCAUUCCUCCUCUUUCAGUAAAACGAUCGUAUUUAAAUGUGGGAGGAGGGGGGAUGUUGACCAUUUUCUACUCGUCAUGUAUAAGUAACUAGGUCUUGAAGAGGGGGAUAAUGCUCCAAUCUGCUAGCAACUGCUAUAAAGUUAAUAGAGUUUUGUUUGCCUGGUUGACUAGAAAGGAACUAAUUUGUAUAGAAACCAUUGUACUAAUGCCGAGCACACACUUUUAUGUCUUCCAUAAACAUAUACCAAGCUCUGUGUGUGUGUGUAAUAUGGCUACUUGUACACACACAAAGGUUUUGUUUAGUUGAAACACAGCACAAUUAUAUUUACACUAGAUUUUUUUUUUACUAAUAUGGGUCUCUUUGCUUUGUGUUGCUUUUUUUCUUGAACUUGGGUGCAAUAAUAGCAUUGGAAACUGCAGCAUUUUGUGUGUGUGUAUUAAUCAUGGCGCUUUAUAAUGGGAUUCAAACCUACAGUGUGUUUCAGAAGGGAAUUCAAGUCUUCCUCCUCUUCCUCCUCUCUGCUCCACAAAGGAGAACAGUCAGUCGCCAUAUUUGAUUUGAGCGACAAUGUGUUUCUGUGUGUUCAUGUUCACUUGUGCAUGCCGGCACUGUGAAAUCAAAUGUGUGCAUUUAUGCAGAUGUGUAUAUUUUUCUAUGUGCGUGGGUUUUUUUUCCAUCCAUCCUUAGCUGUGUAUCAUUUUUUAGGUGUUAGUAAGGGAAUGGGGCCGUCGUUAUUGAAUGUGCCUUUGCUGUAUUUUGUUUUUUUUUCCUGCCAAUGAAGCAGCAACACUGUGGUGUUUGGAGUCUGGACACAGUUAACUGAAUGUCCACACUCCAUUUACAGUAAUAUAAUAAACUGUUGGAUGUCUGACAGUGUCCUGGAGGUCUGUUUGUUAUUCUACCUUUUCUGUGACACAAAUUAUGAUGCUAAACGCUGUUAUUUGCUUUUAUCCAAUUAGUAACAAUAAUGUUUAGAUGAAAAUGAUGACUGACUUUAAGCAUGAGAUUUUUAAAAAUUAGAGACGUUUCCGUGUAAAAUUAAGAUCCGUUUUUCAGAAUUACGACUUGGCAUCUCUUAAUUACGAGGAAAUGACCUCAUCGAGAGAUUUCUCGUAACUAUUAGAUCUGUAUCUCAGCUUAGUGAAUGUAAUGCACUUUUGUUUAGAAACAGACAUUAAAAAUGAUUAGAAAGAUGUCCUCAUGCUAGUUUAGUUGUAGUUGCAAAUUAGCUCAAGCUGCAGGAUUUCAAACAUACGGUUGUUCUUGCCCUCUGUCUUACUUUUGGGCAGUGAGCUGCUCCUCUUGUUAAAUUCCUUGCUCUAGAGCACUGUGGCAGUAACAAGCAAGGCAUUCAAACUGACAACCCUCCAGUCACCUGCCCACCACUCUAACCUGUUGUCCUGCACGUUUGUCAGCGUCCAGUGUCCUCACGCUGCAGAUGUUGUUGCUAUUUUGUUUUGUAUUUUGUAAGCAGAAAUCUUUGCUGAGACAGAAGCGCUGUACAUGCUGUUGUAUUAAACCACUAAUGAAUGAAACUAAAGUAAAAUACUAAGAAAGUUGCAACAAAUGCCAACAGACAAAUAUGGAAUAAAUGUAAAACUGUUGAA